AUGUGUUGCAACUACUACAGAAACUCGUGUGGUAGCUGUGGCUACGGUUCUGGAUAUGGCUGUGGCUACGGCUCCGGAUAUGGCUGUGGCUAUGGCUCUGGAUAUGGCUGUGGUCUUGGCUAUGGUUCUGGAUAUGGCUGUGGCUAUGGCUCCGGAUAUGGCUGUGGCUAUGGCUCCCGCUAUGGCUGUGGCUAUGGCUCCGGAUAUGGCUGUGGCUACGGUUCUGGAUAUGGCUGUGGCUAUGGUUCUGGAUAUGGCUCUUCCUGCUAUAGCUACCGGCCCUUUGUCUACAGAAGUUGCUAUUCUUCUUGCUGCUAG